AUGCGGGAGUGUCCGUGCAAGAAGGUCACAGAGCCGGCAGAGAACACCGGGGACCUCGAUCUGGAGAUUGGGGCGGGGGGCGUAUAUUUUGUAAUGUGGAGAAAGGAGGCAGUGGCUGGUCAUAGCUUGAGUGGCAACGUACAUCAAGAGGUGAAGGUGGAAGAAAGAUACAAGAAGGAAUUUGAAAGGGAAGAAAGGCAGAAAGAGCGAGAGAUACAAAGGCUAGAACUUGAAGCAAUUGAAGCAGAAAAGGAAAGGGAGAGACAAACUGUAGAGGCAGAAAAGCAAAGGGCUCAUGAAUUAUCUCUAGCUAACCUUAAAAAGAGAUUUAGGGAGAGUAGAGUAAAAGACAUUAUGACGUAUGUGCAACUUUUACCGAGAAUGAGGCAAUGCUUAGAUCACUGGUUAGUUGACCUUAGUGAUGUACCAAAGGAGUAUGACAGUUUGUGUGAAUUCCUUGUUAAAGACCAGUUGCUAAGUAAUUGUCCCAAUGAUCUAAGAAUCUUCCUAAAAGAACGCUCUUUUGAUAGCAGUGUGGAUAUGGCUCAGGCUGCUGACAGGUACAGAUCUGCUCAUAGGAGUACGAGAGUCCGUAAUACCUUUCAGGCCAAAGUUAAUGUUGAGGACUUCCAAAGUAAAUCUAAUGUCAAAUGUCACAACUGCCAGAAACCAGGGCAUAUCCGACCUAAUUGCCCAGAGCUUAAGGCUACUCCUAAACAUAGGUUGCCCUCUAAAAUUACUAAUGUCUUUGAAUCUAAUGUUGCCCCCGAAACUACCAUUACAGAUGUUGGUACAGUCUUCAAUAAGCCUGCUAAAGUUCUCUUUGAUACUGGUUGUUCUAUCAUUAUUGUGAAAGAUUCACUCAUUCCUCCAAACAUUAAAAGAGGUAAAUAUGUUAAAUUGUAUGACUAUCUUGGCUUUGACAAAAGUUUCCCAGAGGUUCGCUGUUUCAUCAAAAGUAAAUUUAUCAAUGGGUGGGUUAGAGCAGUAGCAGCCCCAAUCAAAUUUACUGAUGUAUUGAUUGGAAUGGUUCAGGGUGUCAAGCUACCAUCUCCUACUAAGCAACCGGGUGAGAAAUGUCGUACUUUUAAUAACGGAAUGAGCAAUGUACUGGGUGUUCAGACAAGGGCACAAGCACCUAAUCCACUUGUUGUCCCUGAGAUUUCUGUGGAUAAUCUCUCAAGGUCUGAUUUGAUUGAAGCUCAAACAAACUGCCCUAGUCUUGACAAAAUUAGGAGGAGAGUGUUCCCAGUAAUCUACACAAUACCGUCAACAGCUCAUGAUUCUACUUUAUCAGGUCACUUCUCACACAGAAAAACAGCAGAAAAGGUAUUCCAUAUUUUUUUCUGGCCAGGUGCAGGUGCUGAUAUAAAGCGGUAUUGCCGAUCAUGUCAUGUUUGCCAGAAGUCAUCCCCUAAGGGGGUUCCACUAAAGAACAUUGAUACUGUAACAGUUGCAGAAUCUCUAGUAGAGAUUUUUUCAUGGGUUGGCAUUCCAAAAGAGAUUCUUAGUGACAGAGGGACCCAAUUCAAAUCAGAUUUGAUGAGCGAGAUCAAUCGUCUAUUAUCCAUCAAAGCCAUUUACACUAGUCCUUAUCACGCAUGUUGUAAUGCCACAGUCGAAAGAUUUCAUUCAGUCUUGAAGGCAAUGCUAAGGAAGCUGUGUCAAGACAAACCAUAUGACAGGGAUAGAUACUUACCUUCAACAAAAGAUGAACUUGAAGUAAAGAAUACCUAUCAAUAUGUCCUAGAUUUAAGAACUAGAUUAGAAGAUUCUGCUAAACUAGCUUCAGCUAAUGCUGCCAUCAACAGUAGAUUAUAUAAAAUUUUUGGUCUUGCUUCCUUCUUCACACAACAAACUUCAAAUGCAGUGGAAGGGCCCUUAUUCUGUGCUAAAGAGACACGACAAUGGAGUAGACUAUUUGAUUAA